AGAAAAAUGGGACUCGUAGAGCAAGAAGAAAGUAGACCCAACGUAUCUCCUUAUUUGGCGGUAACCAGGUUGAAAGUUGAGAAACAUUUUAGUGAAAUUUUAGAAUGAUGUGUUUGUUUUGUAUUGAAAAUUCGAACUUUUACACCCAAUUUCUAUUAUGGUGUUUGAUUUCUUGAAAUGAAAGAUAUAGCUGAUUAUUUCAGAGGUUCAGUUAAUAAUGUGAAUAAUACGAAAUCUCCCACUACAGAAACAGAAAAAGGAUCAAAAAGCAGAGGUAAGACUUCACCCACCACACCGAAGCUGAAAAUUAUUAGAAACAAAAUCUGCAGAACUCCUAGACGUAAAAAUAAACUUUCCCCAAGGACGAGCCCCUUGGAGGGAUUUAACUUGUUAUUUAAUUUAUCUAAAAACGAAUCCCCAGAUAAAAAAACUUGUGAUUUGAAAAUGGAGAAAGGCAGCCCUGUUGAAGUAAUAAAUUCUCAAGCCAGUGAAAAUUCAGUUGAACUACAUGAUGGCUCUGAGAGUACCAAUUCGAAAAGCCCAAAAUUGAAUGCAUUCCAGCUUUUGAUGAUGGGUAGAAAUAAAGUUAUAGGUACUAACUCUCCAGGAAAAGAAUUGCCAGAGCAAGGAAAUACUAAGGCGACCACCUCUCCAAAGUUAUUGGCAAGGAAAAGGCUGUUACAAUCUUGGUCUGAUUCAAUCAAAUCAAAAAAACGAAAAUUGAAUGAUGAGGAAAUUGAUAAAUAUAUCAAAGUUAAAUUGAAUACUCGAAAAGAAAGAUUAAAAUCAUUAUUAAAUGUUGACAAUGAGGUAGAAGUUCUAACAAUAGAUACACCAAAAUCUAAAAAAAAAUCAAAUUCAUCAAAAAAUUUGAAAAUUUCAAAUGAAUCAAUUGAACAUCUACCCAUUCAAAAUGAAAAUGAAAGGAAAUUAGGGACACCUGUUUCUCGAAAAAUUAACAAAUCCUUAAGUAGUGGAGAUGACUUCGAAACUCAAGUUAAAAAUGGUACAAAAGUAAGUACCUCAAAGUUGCCUAGAGCUCAUAGACAAAGAACGAAUUCUAUAAAAAUGUGUUCAACUCCAAAGUCCACAUGGAAAAUGAAAAUAAAAUUGAUUAAUCGUGAUUCUGAGGAGGAGAACAGUUUAGGUAAAGGAGAUGAAGAGAAUGAAAUUAUAAUUUUGGAUGAAAGUGAAAAUUCUAUUAAAGAUGUUGAAGGUAUAGAAAAGCAAAGUGAAACAGUUACUAUUGAAGAGAUAGAUCCAAAUAAAGAAGUCCCAGAAGUUGAAGAAAAAAACAUCUCUAAAAGAGUGCUACGUGAUAGAGGGUGUUUGAAUAAAAAUAAAAGUACAGAUUAUCUCUAUUUGUCUGAUGAUAGUGGUGAGGAAGUCCAGAACAAAAGCAAUAAGAAAGUUGUGAAAGUUGCUCCUGUUUUUGCAAAAGCUAUGCCUAAACAGAAAAUUGAUCCUAAUGUUCUUGAGGCUAGAAGAAAAUUCUUGAUGAGCGAUAUGCCCGAUGUAUUGCGAAAGAAAAUUGAAAAACACACCAGUAAUAGCAAUAUGGUAGAUGAAGACUUUGAUGUUUUUCCUAAAGUAAGCCAUGUGCAUCAGGAAGAGAAAGAUAAUAUAUUAUGGAAUCUUCCUUGUCCAAAUUUAAGAAUGAAAACUGUGAUUCCAUUUAAAUUUGAAUCAAUUGAUCAACUUUGUCAAUCGUUGAUAGAAAAAAAUGUGAUCAAACAGUCGAAAUAUAAGGAAUCUGAACCUAUAAAAAACAUUAAAACUAUAAUAAGGGACAUGAAGUUGGAAAAUGAAAACUACCCAGUGUAUAAAGCGUUCAGAUUACUGAAAGAGAAGAACAGUUUCAAAACAGAAUGUACCUCAUCCAAAACUACCCCAAAAAGAGGACGUAAACAUAGGAGUUCUUCAGAGAAAAAAUGUGAGACGUCUGAAAAUGUGGAUUCACAAAAUACACUGAAAUAUCAGAUGUGGACUGAAAAAUAUAAACCGAGAAGUUCUGAAGAUUUUUUCAGCAAUGUUCAGGCUGUGUCAUCUUUGAAAAAAUGGCUUGAGAAGUGGAGGGAAGUUCUUGAAAGUGGUAAAAGAAAAAGGCGACAAUACUCAAGUGAUAGUGACUCAGAAUUCAUGUCAUCUGACGCUGAAAGCAUAUAUGAUCGCUCCUUAUCAACCACAAUAGUUCUUACUGGCCCUUGUGGAUCAGGGAAGUCAAGUUCUGUAUAUGCUGUUUGUAAUGAGUUGGGUCUGAAUGUAUUAGAAUUGAAUGCUUCAAGUAGAAGAACAGGAAAACAGAUUAUUCAAGAACUGCAAGAAGCCACACAGUCCCAUCAAGUGAGAAAAAAUAAGGGUUCCCUAGAUUCCUUUACUAACAAAGGGCAUAGGGCAAAACCAACAAAAGAAACAGAAAAAAAUAAAUCGAAGAAAAUGUGUGUGCUUCUCAUUGAAGAUAUUGAUAUAGUUUUCGAGCAAGAUGAUGGCUUUUUAAGUGCUAUUUCUCAGAUAUCCUCUGGUAGCAAAAGGCCCAUAGUUUUAACAACUAGCAAUGAGAAUUCAGUAUAUGCUCUAAAGUUCAUUAACGACUUCAAGACAAUCAGAUUUUAUAAUUCGUCAGUGAAAAGUUCAGGAAUUUGGCUGCAAAUUUUGUGCCUACUGGAGGGGAUUUUCAUUGAUCUAUCCUAUAUUGGAGAGUUGUUGGAAUACAACAGAGGUGAUAUCCGGAAAACUCUGCUUGAACUCCAAUAUUGGGUUCAGAGUGGUGGGCAAACCAAUAAAAACAAAACCUUGUUAGAUCCUAUAUUCAAAAUUGAAAGUUUGAAAGAAGACGAUGGCUCAAUUCCUAUCUCCGAUGAUACUCUGAGCAUGCCGCUCAAAGAGUAUAAUGGAGAUUUGGAUGAUUACCGUGUACAUUCGAACAUUCUUUCAGAUUUUGAGAUAUUCCAGUUGGAUCGUUACUAUAAUAUACCCCUGAGAAUCGAUUUAAAAACACUUUGGUGGAAUAUACCAAAAUUUUUAUACCCGACGAGACCUAAGCACAAAACAAACAGUAACAAAUCAAAUAAAAGAAACAAGAAAAGAUUGAAAAUCGUCUCAGAUAUGUACGACAGUGUCGUUGGAUUGGACAUUGCAUAUAGAAAAAUCGGGUUCAAAAGUGAUGACCCUGUAUGUAGGAAGAGAUGGCAUUGUAGACUUCAGGAUAGUUUAGAAUUGGAUGAAAUAUCUACAGUUCUCCCUUUUAAUCAAGACAUGCUUGAACUGAAUCACUAUUUAACUAACGGACAUCUGGGUCUCUGUAAAGAAAAGUUCAUUUAUGAGUUUUCCAAUAACCAAAGAUUUUGCAAUAUGGCUAUGCCGACUCUCGAUGAAGAAAAGAAAUUAAACAAUAACCACAAAUAUGAAAGAGAACUCCUCAAACCUGUGCCAUCCCUCAAUAACUUAGAUCAUAAGUCUAUUGCACUAGAUUAUCUUCCAUGCCUAAGGACCAUAGCAAGAACAGAAAACAUACGAGCUAAAAACAAUGUGAAAAGGCACAAUAGGUUCCAUAAUUAUUUACAAAAUUUCAAUAUUACUUGUGAUAAUCCAAUAUUAGAUUUUGCAGCUCAAACUUUUUCAAACAGCAAAUGCUGACACUAGGGAAUGUUUUUUUUAUUUGUCAAAAUGUACAUAAAUCUGUAUCUAAAUAUUAUCAAAUUAUAUUUUAAUUUUGA